GAGGUUGCCCGACCGCUUUUCGGCCGCCGGCUGCCGUCAGAGCGGUUGCAACAGUCGCUCGCGCUGUUCGCUGUUCGCUGUUCGCUGUUCGCUGUUCGCUGUUCGCUGCCGGACCCUGGUUGCAUGGCGUGAUCGCGCAGUGCUACUUCCGUGUGCGAGCAUGAGUUAGUGUUGUUUACCUGUGGAUAUUCCGCGAACAACAGCCUGUCUCUAUGAUCUACAAAUGAUAAAAGAAGCGUGAAGAAGACAGUAUGCCGCUCCUCCAUCUGUCGCUGUUUCCCGCCAUGUUCAUGGCCUCCACCUUCUCCACUAAGCCAGUGGAGGCCAGCAAGUACCGCUGCCGCCUGAGCUACGCCAGCUGCCUGUUCACCAUGCUGCUGGUCUGCCUCAGCUGCUACCGGCUGCUGGAGCAGUUGUUCGUGCUGGCAGUGUUCCCGCUCAUCACCGGACUGGUGCCUGCCGAGCAGACAGUGCGCCAUCUGCUGCGCAACACCAGGAUCUGGGGCCUCAGCUACGCCUACUUGGCCCGCAUCCAAGGCAACGUGGGCUUCCUGAAGUGGUACCUGAGGACCGAGAUGAUCAUGCGUCUAAUACACUUGCAGCUGGAGAACAUCUACAUCAUAUCCAAUCAGGUGCUGUUCUUCUCGCUGUCCUCGAGGCUGCUGGCACCGCGCUUUCACAGCUUCUUCGUGCACUUCUUCUUCAUGGUGCUGGUGCGCGUGUUCCAGUGCAAGAAUGUGAUGAGGACGUUGGGCGCCAUGUUCCUGCUCCACAUGGGGCGGACAGUCUUCUACAGCUGCCACCACACCGCCCUCAACAUCGUCUACCUCCUGCUCAUGGGCUACGAGGGCGAGCCGGGCCGCGACACGAGGCUGGUGCGGCUGGUGCGGCGACUGCGGCUGUCUGCCCUCGACGGCCUGGAGGAGUACUGGCUGCCCCUGGUGGUGCGCCUGGCGCCCGUGCUGCUCUGCGCCCUCCUGUGCGUCGCGGCGCUGCGCGACGCCUCUUGCUGGACGCUGUGCGCCCUCGUCUGGUACAACAACGUGUUCGUGGGAGCUCUGCGGAUGGCGGAGUACUACCUGGGCCCCAUCAAGGACGUGCAGGCGCACAAGGCUCUGUACCCCAGGUCGGGGCGCCGGGAGCGAGACUGGACGGGCCGCUGCCCCAUCUGCUGGGAUGACAUGCAGCCCUGCUCCGCGUGGGCCACCCCCUGCGGUCACAUCUUCCACGCCGAGUGCCUGGGCACUGCGCUAGAGACCACCUCCAACAACUGCCCGCUGUGCCGCUGGCCUCUGCCCACCAGACAGUCGUCCUCUGAAGAAAUCUUCCUCGCCUAGCAUCCCCCAACCUGCACCGUUUCUCUGUGUGGACCGCUUCCUGUGGUCACAUCUUCCUCGCCGAGUGCCUGGACACUGCGCUAGAGACCCCCUCCAACAACUGCCCGCUGUGCCGCUGGCCUCUGCCCACCAGACAGUAGUCCUCUGAAGAAAUCUUCCUCGCCUAGCAUCCCCCAAACUGCGCCCUUUCUCUGCGUGGACCGCUUCCUGUGGUCACAUCUUCCUCGCCGAGUGCCUGGACACUGUGCUAGAGACCACCUCCAACCACUGCCCGCUGUGCCACUGGCCUCUGCCCACCAGACAGUAGUCCUCUGAAGAAAUAUUCCUCGCCUAGCAUCCCCCAACCUGCACCCUUUCUCUGCGUGGACCGCUUCCUGUGGUCACAUCUUCCUCGCCGAGUGCCUGGGCACUGUGCUAGAGACCACCUCCAACAACUGCCCGCUGUGCCGUUGGCCUCUGCCCACCAGACAGUCGUCCUCUGAAGAAAUCUUCCUCGCCUAGCAUCCCCCAAACUGCACCCUUUCUCUGCGUGGACUGCUUCCUGUGGACACAUCUUCCACGCCGAGUGGCUGGACACUGCGCUAGAGACCACCUCCAACAACUGCCCGCUGUGCCGCUGGCCUCUGCCCACCAGACAGUAGUCCUCUGAAGAAAUCUUCCUCGCCUAGCAUCCCCCAAACUGCGCCCUUUCUCUGCGUGGACCGCUUCCUGUGGUCACAUCUUCCACGCCGAGUGCCUGGACACUGCGCUAGAGACCACCUCCAACAACUGCCCGCUGUGCCGCUGGCCUCUGCCCACCAGACAAUCGUCCUCUGAAGAAAUAUUCCUCGCCUAGCAUCCCCCAACCUGCACCCUUUCUCUGCGUGGACCGCUUCCUGAGGUCACAUCUUCCACGCCGAGUGCCUGGAGACUGCGCUAGAGACCACCUCCAACAACUGCCCGCUGUGCCGCUGGCCUCUGCCCACCUGACAAUCGUCCUCUGAAGAAAUAUUCCUCGCCUAGCAUCCCCCAACCUGCACCCUUUCUCUGCGUGGACCGCUUUCUGUGGUCACAUCUUCCUCGUCGAGUGCCUGGGCACUGCGCUAGAGACCACCUCCAACAACUGUCUACUAGCAGGCCUCUGCCCACCAGACAAUCGUCCUCUGAAGAAAUCUUCCUCGCCUAGCAUCCCCCAAACUGCACCCUUUCUCUGCGUGGACUGCUUCCUGUGGACACAUCUUCCACGCCGAGUGGCUGGACACUGCGCUAGAGACCACCUCCAACAACUGCCCGCUGUGCCGCUGGCCUCUGCCCACCAGACAGUAGUCCUCUGAAGAAAUCUUCCUCGCCUAGCAUCCCCCAAACUGCACCCUUUCUCUGCGUGGACCGCUUCCUGUGGUCACAUCUUCCACGCCGAGUGCCUGGACACUGCGCUAGAGACCACCUCCAACAACUGCCCGCUGUGCCGCUGGCCUCUGCCCACCAGACAAUCGUCCUCUGAAGAAAUCUUCCUCGCCUAGCAUCCCCCAACCUGCACCCUUUCUCUGCGUGGACCGCUUCCUGAGGUCACAUCUUCCACGCCGAGUGCCUGGAGACUGCGCUAGAGACCACCUCCAACAACUGCCCGCUGUGCCGCUGGCCUCUGCCCACCUGACAAUCGUCCUCUGAAGAAAUAUUCCUCGCCUAGCAUCCCCCAACCUGCACCCUUUCUCUGCGUGGACCGCUUCCUGUGGUCACAUCUUCCUCGCCGAGUGCCUGGGCACUGCGCUAGAGACCACCUCCAACAACUGUCUACUAGCAGGCCUCUGCCCACCAGACAAUCGUCCUCUGAAGAAAUCUUCCUCGCCUAGCAUCCCCCAACCUGCACCCUUUCUCUGCGUGGACCGCUUCCUGUGGACACAUCUUCCACGCCGAGUGCCUGGACACUGCGCUAGAGACCACCUCCAACAACUGUCUACUAUCAGGCCUCUGCGCACCAGCCAAUAGUACUCAGAAGAAUUCGUUCUCGUCUAGCAACCUCUAACUGCAUCCUUACUGGGCGUUGGUCACCACCUGUGGUUCAACACCAAGUACCAGGGCACUGCACUAGAGAGAACCUCAAACAACUGUCUACUAUCAGGCCUCUGCCCAUCAGACAAUAGUACUCGGAAGAAGUCAUCCUCGUCUAUCAUCCUCUUAACUGCAUCCUUACUGGGCGUUGGCCACCCCCUGUGGUCACAUCUUCAACACCAAGUACCAGGACACUGCACUGGAGAGAACCUCCAACAACUGUCCAGUGUUCUGCUCACCUAUGCCCACCAAACAUUCGUCCUCAAAGGAAUCCUUCCUCGCCUAGCAUAAUCGAACUGCAGCCUUUCUCGGUGUGGACCACUCCAAGUGCUUCGACACUGUACUGGAGACCACCUCCAACAACUGCCCGCUGUGUCUUUGGCCUCUAUCACGCCUGCAUCACAUUUACUUGUCUCCACGCAACAAUCUUCUCGCAAGCUGCACGACUAUCUUGCAAGACUCUAAUAUUAUUUAAAAAUUUAUUGUCUCCAUUUGAGAAUUUUUUACAAAAUAGAUGAUUUCACCUUUUUUGGAACAUUGUUUCAACUACCAUGCUAACUUGGAAAACUUCUUAAUUUUUUUUUAUCUACUUUCUUCAUGUCUGUUACUACAGCUUGUUGUGUCGUGUCUACAAGCUCCAAUGGGUCUCACGAUAAUAAAUUAAUUUUAACGUCCAGGCGCGACACUCCGUUUGCGAAAGCUGUGUUAGAUCAUUUUGAAAAAAUCGUUCCUUUAGGCUCGCUGUAAGCCGAUGCGUUAAAUGAAGCGGAAAGUUAGAUUCGUGUGAUCAUCCGUCUUAAUGUAUACAACAGCUGACGGUCAAGAGCAGCCAGUGUUGACAGUCGACGUAGGAGUGGAAUUACGAAAAACCAACAUCAGAAAAAAAACUUAAAAAUAUUUAUUAUAAGUGUCAAAUACAGUAACAGGUUUACUGACUGAAAAUUUAUUAGUUAACUUUCAAUAAAAAAUAAAUAAAUUACUACAUGCCAGAUAUAUGGUACAGCUAAACACUGGCUUUAAAUUGUUAGCUGUUGAAGAACUUAGAGGAAGUUUUAGAAUUUUCAUUUAUAGUUAACUUGUAAUUUGAGAAGUUUUUAAAACGAAUGAAUUAGUUGCAAUUUACAACACUGUUAUGGGAACACAUAUUUUAUUUGGCGAACCAAUGCAAAAGAUAAGUUGGUAUUAAAAAAAUUGUGUUCUGUACCCUUGAAUGACUAACUUGCUUUUUUGAAUGUGAGAUUCGAAGUGUGAUUCUUGAAGGAAGAUGGCAUAAGUAAUAUUAUGUAUAGUCAGUUAUGUUGGCAAUGUUUAUCCGGGUUUUUUUCCAGUGAUUUUAAUUCACUGAUAAAAUAUAAUUAGUACUCUUUUCUCGAAUUGCUAGAACAAUAUGUACUUGAAAAUUUGUGAUACACUUACUCCUCAAAUUCAGUUUUUGAUUAAGUAAACUGACAUGUUGAUGUUUUAUAUUGUUCUAUAUUGCUUAUUUGUGCAUUUAGUUGAUCUUUUAUGCAUACAAUCAUACAAAGACACUGUUCAAUUCAAAAAAUGUAAUUUAUUUUAUAAUUCGUGUACAGCAGUGGGAGUAAUAUUUAUCUCCACUCACUAGGUUUCAUACUCGAUCCUUUCUCGUUAAGCUCUUUUUACGAGAAAAUGUUAGAAAGGGGAGAGAGUAAGAAAACUUGAAAAAGUAUACAAUGUACAUCUGCACACGAGCAAGCACAAACAAUUAGUAGGCCCCAUGUACAGUAUUCACUAGGCUAGCAGUAGGAAAAUGUAUUUAGUUUUAAUUUAAGCUCACAAAGAGCGCUUAUGAGUAGAUCUUGAAAGUUUAUUUCAUUCUUAACCUCUCUUGUUCUUUCUAUCUUGUGAAAUUGUUUCGCGCAAGAUCUAGAACUCUGGGUGGUUCGGUGGCGGGGACCAAAAAUGAACCUUAUUUUCAGAAUCGGGAGUGUCUCGUACUACAUAUGUAUGAAUAUAUGUUUGUGGCGAUAGGAGUUAAUAACUCAGGGAAGAAACGCGAUCACUAGGGAAACUAUAGUGAUGAUCAGUUAUUAGUUAAAAAUGUAAAAGUGAUGUUACUAUAGUGUAGAGAAAUCUGCUUUUAAAACAACUAGAAAUAAUAAAAUGAACGAAGUAUGUGAUUUUUAGCAAAGAAAUUUGUUUAUACAUAACUAAGAAGACUGUACGAUUUGUAAAUUGUGUGUGUAAAAGUUUUUUUUUUUUUGCGAGAACUGAGAAAUAUUAGCUACUUAUUUUUAGUUGUGAAAAUAUUGUAUGGGAUGAUAAAAGAAAAUUAAACUAACACGUUCAAAAGACAAACAAGCAUUUAGAAUUGGAAUAACUAAUGUUUUUGCUGCAAUUAGUGAUAACUGCAAAAAAAAAAUUAUAUAUGUUCUCUAAGUGUAAAUCAACAUCAUCUCUUAAACUGUAGUGGAUCUACAAACACAAAAGUUGUAACAAAAAAUUUUGUCUGUAAAAUUUAAUGUUUCAAAAAUAAUUUACUAAUAUUUUUCACAAAUGCAAUCCAGUGUAAAUUUUAUUUUGGAAACAAAUUUGAAUGUUCAUCAGCAAUGUGGGCACAGUCUAAUAACUCUCAAACUACUGAAGCAAUUCAGACAAAGCUUUACAAAUCUUUCUAUUAAAACACACUGUAACAACCAAGCUAUGGCGCACUUUAUUACCGUAAGUACUCCGAGAGAAAAUGUUGGUUUAGUAUUCAAUUCUCAUUUUUCCAAUUAAAUAAUAAUUUCUAUCAUUUCGAUAAAGUUAUUUGAAAAUAUUUUUACUGAAAUCUUUUUACAACGACUGAGGUAGGAAGUAAAGACAACUUUGUGUGUUUGGUUUGCGACAGAUUUGACAGCAAUUACACGCGUGAUUGACUUGAGAGAAAUGUAUCUAUUAGGCUCAUACAUAGUACAUAGACUAAUAAAAGCUAUUUACGACAAAAAUCCCUUGUGUUGGAUACAUUUUGUUAUGUCACAUUUGGCAAGAGGUACCUCUAACUUAAAAUUUAAUAAGUAAAAAUGUCAACUUGCUAAUUUACCGAGUUUUUCCAAGCUUGUGAGGGAAGCUGACAGCAACAGGCUCCAUUGUUAUCGGUCUGGUGCAUAGCUGGUACACACGUGACUGCCCAUCUGUGUGUAAACACAUAUAUAAUGUUAUUUACAUUGUAAAAACAUAUCAACUUGCAAAUUAAAAUUAACCCUAAAACAUUUUAUCAGGAAACAAAAAACUAAAUUUAUAUCAUGUGUUAUUCAACUGAAGUACAAAAAUGACAUUAAAAUGUUUUUUUUUGUUUCAUAAUAAACAUACACAAAUACAUAAGUAAUAUUUAAUUGUUAGAAAAAAUGGUUUCGUAUCAUUUUUUUCAUGUUUGGAUGUAUUAAAACUUGUAUACAUGUUGUAGUGUACUUGACAUAUUGCAUAUAAAAAAGAUUUGAAAAAAAAAAACCUACAUUUGCAAUUUUUGUGCAUUCAUAGCUUGGGUUGAAAUCGCAGUUUUUGACUCAAAAAUAAAAAUUUUGCCACAUUUUAUCUAAGGCUCUCGUGGAUUAUUCAUGAAACACAAAUGUCUAAGUUAAUACUUUUAGGCUUUUAUGUGUCCAUAAGAAUGUAAAUUCAUUAAGUUGUAAAAUAUGGGAAAAGGUAAUUUUUCCAUGACAAGGUUUGCAAUGAGAGUUGCUGGCCUGUAGGGGUCUAGAAGGGUGGAUUUUGCACUGUUCCUAAUGUGUCUAACUAUUGAAUGUAGUUGAUUCGUGGGUUUACCUGCUGAUGUAAUGGAAAAAAAAAGAUAUUUAGUACAUUUAUUCGAAAAAUUUUUUUAGGAUGCUUGAGAAAUGAUGUGAAGAAAGUGACGUAUUUGUAUGAGAAAAUAUUUUUGUGAAACGUAUGAAAAUAUUUAAAUAAAAUAUUUUUACCUAUA